AUGAUUCAUUCCUUGACCUGUUGGGCUACCCUUUCUCUGAGUCUCGUUGCCUCGCUGGUGUCUGCUUCACCGCUGCUAUCGUCUGUCCUCGAACGGCGUCAGUCAAUAUCGACGCUGACCUCCGCUCAAGUCUCCGCUUUCAAGCCCUACUCCUUCUAUGCCAGCGCGGGAUACUGUAACCCGUCGACGACGUUGACCUGGACCUGCGUCCCCUGUCAGGCCAACCCAGGUUUCCAACCCCUUGCGUCCGGGGGCGACGGCAAUGAUGUACAGUUCUGGUAUGUGGGUUAUGAUCCCAGUCUCGACACCAUCAUCGUUGGCCACCAGGGAACCGAUACCUCGAAAAUCUUACCUAUUAUUACCGACCUCGACUUCUUUCUCACAAACCUCGACGGCAGCUUGUUUCCUGGCAUAAGCUCAUCCAUACAGGUCCACAGUGGCUUCAAAGAGUCGCAGGCUGACACGGCUGCAAAAGUCCUCUCAUCGGUGAAAACUGCCAUGUCGAAGUAUUCGACGACUUCCGUCACCGUUGUUGGACACUCCCUUGGAGGAGCUAUUGCUCUUCUAGAUGGUGUCUACCUUGACUUGCAGCUUCCUACAGCGACUGUAUCGGUAAUUAGCUAUGGCUUGCCCAGGGUCGGAAACCAAGCUUUCGCGGAUUAUGUUGACGCGCAUGUGAGCGUGUCCCAUGUGAACAACAAGAAAGACCCAAUACCUAUUCUCCCAGGGAGAUUCCUGGGAUUUCAUCAUCCUUCUGGUGAGAAGCACAUCACCGACUCCAAUGCGUGGGUUGCCUGUCCAGGCCAGGACAACGAGGACGAUCGAUGCACCGUCGGAGAAGUCAGUAACAUUCUGGUGGGUGAUGUAGACGAUCAUCCGGGCCCUUAUGAUGGGGUUACAAUGGGAUGUUGA